AAUAGAAAUGCAAAACAAUGGAGAUAAAUAAGAACCAAAACGACAACAAAACAUACGCAAUUUAAAUCAUUUCUACAUUUUGGCUGUGCCUGGGGGCGGGUAGCCAGUGUCACUGCCGGUGGCACAAAAUGGAAGACAACGGCAGCAUGUGUAAGAACGUCAAGAUACCAGCCGACGCUGCUGUUGUUGUCAAUGCAAUCACUGCUCCACCAGCAGCACCAGCACCACCGAAUGGCAAAGUUUUACAGAUCAAGCAGGCGGCCGGCGGCGUAACUGAGCCGCCGGAGGAGCUCCUCGGCUCAGUGACAUCACAGAAUUGCCCGGGAACGCGGGCAAGCGCGCGUGUCAUACAAAAAAUGAAAUUGGACCAGACGCGUCCGAUGACGCCGCCGCCGGCAGAACGUGAGCCAAGCAAGAAGGAUGAGAAGGCUGCCCAGAAGACGCCGUCACAGAUGCGUGCCGCUAACAAAUCAACCUGGUCGAAUGUGGAGCGCAAUUGUUUUUUCGAUGCACUCAACGAGUUUGGCAAGGAUUUCGAAACGAUGGCCAAUUACAUCAACUCCAAAUUGAAGCGCCGCAACAUGAACAGCGACUACAGCUUUAAGUCCAAGGACCAAGUGCGUCAACAUUACUAUCAAACAUAUCACAAAAUUGCCAAAUACGUUCGCUACUCGGAUGAGCUGAGGAAACCCGCCCAGGAGCUGUACACGCUAAUUAACUAUGGUGAAAUGCGACGCAAGCUGCAGUUUAUUACCGAUAAGCAUUUCAUGAAACUGAAGCAUCUCAUCUACCAGGGCCACAUCACUGUACGCUGCAAGGGCAAAAAUAUACGGAUCAAGACGCCCUCCUGCAAGGCACUGCGUCGUCUCAAUCAGCUCGAUGAUACGUUGGAGGACAUCCGGCUACCCACAAAAAUAGAGGUGCUUGUGAGUCCCGCUAAUAUGGAGGCAUUCGGACGAGUGCAGUCAUUGGCGCAGAAUCCACGGAUACGGAUCACAGUGCCGCUACACAAGAAGCUGAUUAGCUUCAUACAAUCGUUUCAGUACAAAUGGCGCAGCAGUGAUGCACGUUUGGCGGAAAAACAACCGCCGCCGCCGCUGCUGAAUGGCAUACCGGACUCUUCGUCCAUUGAUUCAGUGCCGGUUGCCGAACCAGCUCUGUGCUUCCUGCCCAAACCCGGUGUGGCGAUCCAUCGACCGCUGCUCAGUAUCACGGCGCAUUUGAGCAGCGUCAACAUAUGCCUAACGGCAUAUGAGGAGCGUCUCGGCUUCAAGGUGCGCAGCGAGACGCUUGAAAGUACGGCAGCUGCUGCCGCUGCCAGCGCAAAGCGGGCGCGCACCGAAAGCGGCUCUGAGAAACGUUCGCCCGAUACCAAAAAACAAAAGCCGCUAACCAGUUCGGUGCACGACAAGUCCCUCAACGAAUUAAUGAUCGAGGGCAGCAUCAGCACCACCAGCAACGGCAGCACCAGCAAUCAUAUGAAGCUCGAGAGCAAUAGCGGCGACGAGCUAAUGAAUGAGGAGCUCAGCGAGCUGCUCAAUCUAACGAUCAAUGGCGUCGUCGACUCAACUGCGGUGGGGUCCAUUUCAGCUGCUCCUCUUGCCGCUCCACAAGCGAUUGCCCUCGCAUCAAUAUCAACAGCAGUUGCAGCACCAGCAGCAGCACCACCAGCAUCACAACCAGCACCAGCACCACCACCACAGCCAGCACCAGCGCCGGCGCCGACGCCAACACGUGCCAAACGUAGCGAUGCCCCUGGCGCUGGCGGUGGCAAGAAUGCCAAAGCGAAUGCCGCCGCUGCCGCCGCUCGCAAUUUUCGACCACUGCUCAGCGAUGAUGUGAUCAAGCGUAUGCGCAAGGGCUGGACAAUAUCGAGUGCGGCAGACAUAACGAUCGGUGAUCUGUAUGUGGUGCUGGGACAGGAUGCCAAGCUGGAGCUCGAUUAUUAUUGGUGCGAUGUGGAGCUAAGUACGCCAAACAUCGACCGUUCAUCGAUUGCCGUCACCAAUAGCAGUAGCACCACAACAACGAGCAUUACAACAAACAGCACCGCAGUAACCACAGCCAGCAGUGGCAGCAUCCUCACUAACACUAACACCAGCAGCAGCAGCAGUGCAACAAACUCAGCAUCAACAGCGCUGCCCUACAAUGUCAACGACUGUGAUAGCGUGGAACGCGUCAAGGCCAUCACAACGGCGACGGUAAGCAAUAAGCUGAAGCAUCUGCUGCUCAUCUCCAAUCUCAGUGAGCGUGUGCGGAAGCGUCAAUGCAGUUGUGGUCAUAGUUGUGAUCGCAAACGUGAUCUAAUCACCAAGGCCCAGUCAGCAGCAGCAGCAGCAGCUGGCAGUGGCUCAGCAGCAGCAACAGCAGCAGCAGCAGUCGCCACAACCACACCGGAUGGCAGUGAGAUCAUCUUUCGUACGCCGAUGCUUCCAGUGCGUCGCCCUAUGGCCAAUAUUAUUGAUCCGGGUCGGCAAUUGUCCAAGCUGACGCGGCAAAAGAUGUCGCGUCAUGUGCUGGUGCAACGGCUCCUACAGCCCGACUCUGGAUCGCAGCCUUAUGAUCUGCUGAAUAUGCAAAACGGCCUCUUCGAGCCCAUCGAACGCGUCAAUAGCAAUAGCAGCACUACGAUCGUCGCAUCUGUAUCUUCCAAAAAUACCUCCAGAAUCAUAACCACCGCCAGCAACAUCCCGUUCCAAAUUAAAAGCGAGCAAUGCUACAGCAGCAGCAGCAGCCGCGACAGUGGCAACCAGUAUGCCAAUAUGCCGAGCUUAGAUAUGCCGAGCUUAGAUAUGCCAAGUUUAGAAAUGACCAGUUCAGACAUGCCAACUUUGGCGGACCCAGCUGUGGAACACGCAUCAUUGCCAGCCACAUGCCACGCACUGCCAGAUAGCGUCCAAGAUGACAGCACCAUGCAUAGUUUGUUCAAUGGCAACGUCAGUCCGAAUCAUUUGUUGCGCGACUCCACAUCUAAUUCACGCUGGCUGGAUGACAAUAUCAAUGACUUUUCACUGACCAGUCUGCUGGGUCAUCUUGAUGACAUUGAUGCCACACGCGACAUACUGGAUCCAUCAUCGAGCCUGUCGGUGAUUAGCGAGACCAGCGUCGAUUAUCGUCACAAGUUUCAGGAAAUUUCGGCGCUGCUGCAGCAACAGGAAAAGGAUUAGCAACGACUGCACUUAAUCUCUUCAUGUCACACUUCCUUAUAAUAAGUCCUCGAUUCGUUCAUUAAUUCGCUUCGAAAAGCAACUGUAUUAUUAUUUAUCAGCUUAUUGUGGUCAUAUGCUCACA